AAAAAGAAACUGAUUCUGUGUACCCAUAGCUACUUUCUGGCCGAAGCGCAGCAAGGACUGAACCCCAGCAAACGCGGUGUGCAGCAGCGUGUUCACAAGUGUCUUGGCAACAGAAUGGCUACUGUCGCGCGCGUCGUGGUCGCGGAGAACAAGUGCAAACGCGGAACGCCGACGGUGCUGCUGAGCCACCUAUUGGUCUGA